CAGCCCUCAGGAUUUGGUGCAAGGAGGGCGUGAAGCAGGCAGGACAGCUGCAAUGGCUCAUUUCCACCCAGCCAGGGGCCAGUCUGGGCAGGACUGCUUCCAAGCUACUCCCAGGAUACCUCCUCCUCUUUCUCCUCCUCCUCCUCCUCUUCUUCUUUCUCCUCCUCUCUUGUUGCAAUAGUUGUGUUGUUCUCCAGUACAGGAACCAAGGGAAAUGCUUUGGAGAGGAAACCCGUGGACUUUUCAGCUGUCAGAAACAUUGGCUUCUUCCACCCAGUGAACAUGGACAGGGACGAGAAGCAUGUGACGUGAGAAACUGCUCAGGAAUAUCUGAAAAGUCACUAUGGAGAAUGUCACACUCCUCCUGCUGUCCGUGAACUCCACCGCCAACUCCUCCGAUGUGGACUGCAGCCAGGAAGACAACACUUACAAGUGCAAAUUCGACGAGGAUUUCAAGUACAUCCUCUUGCCCGUCUCCUAUGGCAUUGUGUUUGUGGUGGGCCUCUGUCUCAACCUCUUGGCUCUCUACAUCUUCAUCUUCCGGAUCAAGACCUGGAAUGCCUCCACCACCUACAUGUUCCACCUGGCUGUGUCCGACACGCUCUAUGUGGUUUCGCUGCCGCUCCUGGUCUACUAUUAUGCCAUGGGGGACAACUGGCCCUUCAGCGUGGGCUUGUGUAAGAUCGUCCGCUUCCUUUUCUACACCAACCUCUACUGCAGCAUCCUUUUCCUCCUCUGUAUCAGCGGUCACCGGUUCAUGGGUAUCUGCCUCCCGCUGAAGUCCCUGGAGUGGGGCCAAGUGCGUUAUGCCCGCUGGGUGUCUGCAAUUGUUUGGCUGGUGGUUAUUGCAUGCCAGUCCCCGGUGCUUUUUUUUGUCACGACCAGCCAGCGGUGCGACAAAAUCACGUGCCACGACACGUCAGCAAAGGACCUCUUUGGGCAAUUUGUCAUCUACAGUUCGGUGAUGCUGGUCCUCCUCUUCUGCAUCCCCUUUAUGCUCAUCAUCAUCUGCUACUGCCUGAUGGCCCGAAAGCUUCUCCAACCCACCCGUGGGACCACCCGCAUGUCCAGCUCCAAGAAGAAGUCCGUCAAGAUGAUCAUCAUUGUCCUGGUGGUCUUCAUCGUUUGUUUCUUGCCCUUUCACGUCACCCGUACUUUGUAUUACUCCUUCCGUAACUUGGACCUGAGCUGUCCAACCCUCAACGCCAUCAACUUGGCUUACAAAGUCACCCGGCCCUUGGCUAGUACUAACAGUUGCCUUGAUCCUAUUUUGUACUUUUUGGCCGGGCAAAAAUUUGUGAAAUUUGCCUGCCCACAAACGCCAGCAAAAGACUGCAACCAGUCCGGGUCAAGCAGUACGGCCAAUUGCCACACACGGGCCAGAGACCAUCUAGCAAUGAAAGCGAAAAACAGGGUGUCAUAGCCAGUUACAUUUCUGACUUACACCACUUUGCAAAGUAUUACCUAGCUACCCUCAGAGGUAGGAGUUCUGUACUGUAAGAAGGAGGGUUUAUAGAGUCAGCCUCUGAAACAAGGGAAAUAUAUUUUCAGCCUGUAUCUGCAGGAAAUGGUACAAAAUAUCUGUGUGAACUCUAGGGAUGGGAAGAAUAUUCAUUGUUGAUCAUUGUUGAUCAUUGUUUUCUUCCAACUGGAAGAAACAGGGGGUUCCCAAAUCUCAAGAAACUGAGUUGGCGAGAAUAACACAGAGAUGAGAAUUUUGUACAGUUUUCACCAAGUAUUCACAGGCCCUGAAAUGUUUUCAGGAAAUAAUUCUGCACAGCAACACACAAGCCUUCUUUACCCAAAAAGCAUGGGUUCUGCACAAAAAAAAAAUGGGGCUUUCUGAAAACUGUGUGGAAACACAGUUUCCAGGAAUGCACCAUUUUUUAUUUUUUGCACACACAAUUUUUUUCCAUUUUGCACAAUACACCUUUAUUUCUGGAGUUGUGUUUUUGUUUUUGUUUUUUGGAAUGAGCAGAAAAAUGUGUUUUGUGCAGACAAAUCUGCAAUUUUCAGAAGUACACACGGGGGGGGGGGGGGUUAUGUCCAAAAAUUAUGGGUUUUGCAUAAAUUGUGGGUCUUUUCACAAAAAGCCCCUACAUGUAUUUUUCCCAUGCAUUUUCAUAAAAACAAAUUUUCCACACACCUCAAAAAACAAAAACAAAAAACAGUCUAGUGCAUUUUUGCACAGAUUUCCUAAAGUUUUUGGGGUUGUGUCGAUGUUGGGCAAAAACCAUGUAGAAAUAUUCUGUUUCUCCCAUAGCGGGGAGGAAUCUAUGGAAACUAUUGGUUCUCACAUGGGAGGAUGAAAUAGUUGGAGAUUUCGAUCCCUGGGAAACUCAUCACGUUUCCAGUGUAUUUGCUAUGUAACUGCUGAGUAUAUUUUUGAACUCAGCAGACUGACAGCCGAACAGAAAGAAAACUGGUUGCCCAAAAUGACUUCACUGAGGAUGGUGAUAGUUCAACAAAAGGCAAUUAAUUAGAAGGUGGGAUAAAUGUGCCUAUCCAUGCAGUGAGAGACAGAGUGGUCAGUAGAUAAAGCACUGGGCUUAAACCCAAUUUGGACAAACAAUACACCAUCUGAUUGACAUGUUCCUGCUUGCAAUAUUUCAGUUUGUGAGUGGAAAGGUGGAAGGAGUCACAUGCUUGCAUUCUAAAAAUCCAGAUUUUGGCUGCAGUCCCUUGUGGUCCAGUGUAGCGUAGUUUUUCUGCAUGUGGAACUAUUGCUGUAACCCCCAGACUUACUAUAGGGUCCCUGCGUCCCUCCAUAGUAAUUCCUUGCCUGGUGGAGAACAGGAAGGGAGGAAUUGGAGAAGCAUCUGGCUACGUCCUUGCAGCCAGACGUGAAAUGGUUCCAUCAUCUGCUGAGGUUCCCUGGAGAUCUCAGUGGCUGAGGCAAUCAUUUUGGUUGCAGGGACAUAGCCAGACAUUUUUCUGAUCCUCCACCAUUCUUACCAGGAUAGGUUUGGGGGGUACUUUGGUCCCUGCAGAAGGAGGGAGUUUCCAACUUCCACAAUGACCCAAAGAAAAUAUAUAUUAGUGUAUGAGUGACCUUAUAUUUGCAUAUGUCACAGCCAGGAUGUCAAGAUGCCAUCAGAGAGAGGACCCAGUUAGGACACUUCUCUGUAGACUGUCUUCUUCUCUGUAAGUUUUUCUGAAGAGUGUCUGUCUUCACAGAGUGUCUUUUUCUCUUUUCCUUUUCUUUGGCAGAAACAUUUGUUUUUUUAAUCCCUCACUGGCAUUACAGUCAUUACAUUUUUCUCAAACAAGUUUCUUUUUGGACCACAACCCCCAGAAUCUUCCAGCCAGUGGCCAUUGUGACUGAGAAUUCUGGAUCCUGUAUCGAAAAAGUAAUUCCUCUGAUGUCUGUCCUUUCAGCUACACUGUAGAAAUAAUCUGGUUUGACACCACUUUAACUGUCCUGCUAUGGAAUUCUGGGAACUGUAGAGUUUUGCAAAAACAAAUGACAGUUCCCAGAAUUCCAUAGUGUUGAGCCAGGGCAGUUAAGGUUGUGUCAAACCAGAUUAUUUCUGCAGUUUGAUUGCAGCCUGUGCCUGGAUUGCUAAUCUGGGGUGGGGGGGGGGGAACAGCUGUAACUGUUUCUCCACCGGCGGUUUGUCCUGGGGCAGUUAGCACCGGAUAGGAAACAUGGGGCCAUUCAGAUGUUAUUGGACUCCACUGUAGACUUUAUUCUCUGGAGCUGCUUGGAAACUUCCCUCUCUUCACAUCAGCUAACGGGGGAAAGAAGGCAGAAAAAGCUCUUAUCUGGUACUGAGGUUGAAACGUAACAGUAUAAAAAGUGUAGUGAUGAAUUUGCACAAUCAGAAUGCAAAUUAAUAAUAUGCAUAAUUAUAAUUUGCAUAAUAUCCAAAUUAGAUACCCAGAUGUGAGCAACUGGAAUAUGACAACCCUAAUUGAGAGAUAUACAGUAUAGACUCAUAGAGUUUGAAGAUGCCAGAGGGACCAUCCAGUCCAAAACCAUUCUGCCAUGCAGGAACUCAUCAUCAAAACACCUGCGAUAGAUGGCCAUCCAGCCUCUGUUUAAAGAUCUCCAAAG